ACAGGACUGGGACUCGGGGUAUAAUGUUACAUAAUGUAGGUAGAUACAAAGAGAGCAAGGCCACAUUACUUUUCAUGUUUUUUAAACCGUUCGCCAUACGCUUUGUUGUUAUAUUUAUAGACGUUGGUUUUUUCUUUGUUGUAGCCCUUUUAUGAGGGACCCCAGAGGUACGACAGAAUUAAUAAAUCUGCAUCCUUCUGCGAUUGAGGGAGAGGGUUUCGAGGACGUUAGAUAUCGAAGUUAAUUUGCCAAAGUAUUAAUAACGUGUUGUUUUAAUUAAAUUAAGAAAGGGAUCGCAAGAUCCAUGAGGGGGACUUGGCGAAGCAGAAGAAGCGGUACAGCCGCGACAUCCGGCAGAUGCGUAAGGACAUCACGACGAAGCGCACCGAGCUUGGCGUGGCGGUGUAUGGCGACAAGCAGUUCCUGCGCAAUGCCUUCCAGGAGCACCGCCGGCUGCAGCUUACCUACAUGAACAGCCAAGCUGACAAAGUUGUAGAGAGUAUACACCAAGAAAACUUCAACAAGAGGAAACAACUUGACAGAAUUAGAUAUACUAAGAAGAAGAAAAUGGAAAAGUUUCGUCUAACGCAGCUUCAGUCAGCGGAAUUGCGUGAUCGGCUGUUGUACGAAGUUGGCGGGAAGCUACCCGCGGAGAUAAAAGAGCAAACAGUGGCCAAUUAUGUGCAACGCGCCAACAUUAAGAAGAACGCAGCUCUUGCAAUCAAAGUCAUGUACAAGAAAAUCCUAGAUAUACUUAAAAAGGACUCGUCAUACUUCACCGUAGUGUUGGAAGCGUUGAAGCUGGACUGCCGCACGCAGGGCAAGUGCCUGAUGGGCGCCACCGAGAUGGGGCAGCUCGCCAUGGAGUACCUUGACGACCGCAAGUACGAGUUUAACAAACUGGAGAAAGAAAUCAAAGCCAACAUGAAGGAGAGGCAGAGAACACUUAAACUAGUCCGAAGAGAAGUCGCCUAUUUGACUGACUCAUUCCCAAACUUGAUACGGAAGGAGGAAGCCACUAACUUGGAUGACUUGUACGAGGACGAUGACGCUCAGAGCCACCACUCCGUGCACUGGGAGCUGGAAGAAGUCAUGGGCAUUUGCAAGCGUCUGCAGAAAGCAACCCUCGUGUCGUCGUUUGACCAGAUACUAUUAAGGCUGAAGGAGCAAACGUAUCAAACGGAACGGCUAAUGAUGCAGCUGCGGCUGAACAGCAUGAAGCGCAACGCUCUGCUCGAGAACCGCAAGCACGGCACACUCAUGCUCGACAUGCUGAAGAACGUCGGCCAGGAGAACACUAAACUAUACGUGGAAGAAAAAAAUCUUCUAAGGGCUCAGUUAGAUGCAGAACAACGCGAAGAGGCUGCGCUCAGCCGCUCCUUGAACGAGAAAGGGCAGCUCAUUAUAAAGAUGAAGACAUCCCUUCAACAGAUCAAUCAGCUGCUGUCCAGUGUCGGUGCCCCUAACGCGCCGCGUCCGUUCGGUGGCGCGCCGCCGGCGGCCCAGUAUCAGCUCGACGACUACAUACAACCUGUGGCCGAGGUGGAGGCGGACUUCGACAAGCUGCUGGCGACGGCGAAGCAGAAGAUCAACGUGCUGGUGGGUGCGCUGGCCAAGAUGGACGUGUCGCGCGAGGACCGCCUGGCCGCCAACCUCUUCUACCACAACAUCCUGGCGCGCUUCAUGCGCGACAACUACAAGGAGGAAGUAGUCGCCGAAGGAGGACUGAUCGAGUUCGAAAUGGAUGACCCCAAUGUGCCAGGACACGCCACUAUCAAACUCCGCAGCAAGCAGCUGGUUGAGGCCCAGGUCAGCGAGUUCGACGUGCCCGACGCCAAGAAGUGAACACUGUGAACUGAUACUACCAACCACAUUAAGACUUUAAAUUCUUUAAUAUCCUUACUUUAGUUUCACUUCGAAAAUCCGGCACUUAUAUUUAACUAGCCAAAUUCAUUUAUGUCAACCCUUCAAGUGGCUUCAGCGAAAACGCGAAAAGUAGUCAAGUGGCGCCGCGGAUUUGUACAAGAACAGUCAAGUGGCGGGGCCCUGUUCGAAAUUGACGAUUUAAGUAUCCUUGUUUCAAAGUACAUGGUUAAAUACAAAGUCGUAUAUCGUUGGAAUUAGCGUUAAAUAGGAUAUUAAGAAGUAACAAUAAAAUGGUGUCUAUAUUUAAGGAAGGGUCAAUGUUUUCCAGUGUAGUUGUAUUAAAUUACUACCACCACAAAAAAUAUGAUUCUAGAGGUAAUUGCUAUAAAAUUUUAAAGUACGACUUUUACUUCUAAAUUAAAUCAUUAGAAAUUAAACUAACAGACGAUUUUUUUACACUCCAUCCUCUUUAAAAUAAAAAGAAACUCGGACUAGGCGGUUGCUCCCGAAUGAACGGUCAAAAAUACCAAGUGUUAUACUUUUCUACCUACUUUCGGGCACGAGAAGAGCGUAACUAUAUACUUAAAAGCGUUAUUUUCGGCUCUCAAUGCGACAACACUAGUGGCCGACAGUCUACUGGUUUUGAGACCAUUCACGGGUUGAACGCCGUUUGAAGGAAUAAGACGAUAUGGACAAUACUCGACGGCCCGACCUGGAAACGAACAACUUUGAUAGUCAAAUUAAAUUGAUGCAAAAGUCGAUUGAUAUUAUUUCUCCGCUGUCAGGGACGCAAUUGAUGUCUCUCGAGUAAAUUCUGAGGGAUUUAGAAAAAUAACUAUUUAAAGGUAUUUAGGGAACUAUUUUAUAUUAUUACUGUUAAAUUUUGUCAAUCAUGGUCAUUCCUUUGUGCGACUAAAUAACAUCGUUGAAAUUUUUAGUUUAAUUUCGAAUCAUUCGUUUUGUACCUAUGCAAACACAACUGUCUCUGUUGCACUACGUACAGAAGAGUGAUAAAAAGAGAGAUAAUUAUGCUAAGCUACAGAGCGUCAACGAUUGGCAUCUUGUCUACACACCCUGGAUUUUUAAAGUGAGAAAUCCUCGUAUGAUCGUUAUUGUACUGUGUCGCUCAGAGUGGAAAUAGGAUCUCUGCUUUAACUUCAUGAGAGGGAGCCUAGCCAAGAUCUUCUUCAAAAUGAAACGAAACGUUAUUAUUUCCAUUUUCCAUACAUUAUUUACACUUAGGGUUCCGUUUCGUUUUCUGCAUACGAUUGUCAUCUUGGCUAAGCCUCCUGGUCGGUUUGUAAUACUAAUUCUUGUUCCUUUAUUGUUUACACGACGAGAAACCGUCUCGUUUAAGUUACUCACUCAUAUGAUAACAUAGGUUCUAGCCUAACGUUGCAUUAAACUAAGGGCUUUCUACAUAUUAUAUCUUCAAAUAUUACGUUUGAGUAGUAGCCAAAUCUCUAGGAGUGCCGGAAAUUGGAAGUAUAGCUAUACCAUUUAUUAUAACAUGUAAACACAUCACAACACGUACAGUUACAUGACACAAGUUUAAUUUAGCCGAUAAUUCCGCCCGUUUAAAUGUAUCAUUAUAUGAACGCCGUAGUGAAACAUCACAUCAUGUAGCAAUUAGUUUUCCUACAAAUUUGCCUACAAUGGAAUAUCCGGAACUAGUAUCUACUCGUUGUAAAUGCUCGCACUUGUAUACAUUACGUACAAAUGUGAGGCAUCAAGAAUGUAUAUUACUAUAUUGAUGUGAUGAUGAGUAGAUUAAUCGGUUACAUGUUCUACAAUACUGAAAAUCCACUUGACGAAUGUAAUCAGUUCCCCUUAACACCAGUUUCGAUGUUUUCAUAUAUGAAAUAAAAAGUAUUUUUAAUCACCUUAA